AUAGACAAACACAAUGAGUGUCUCUUUCUGUGGUGCGCCAUUCAAGAGAAAAAGACAGAGAAGAGUUGGUAUUGAGUUUGGAAUUGUCUUGUUGCUCCACGCUUUCCAUUAAAUAAAAUCACACCCAAACUCAUUAAUUCAAUUGCAGUGCAUUAAGGAAGAGAUCAAUUAUAGUUUGAAUUCUGUUACAAUGUCUUCUGAUAUUGAUAUUUCUUACCCUUUCAAUUUCAUUGAUGUUGUUCAAGAGGAUUUCAACAAUUCUCUCGACCCUUUUUCCUCUUGUUUCUUUUCUUUUUCUUCUUCUUCUUCUUCCCCAACCAACAACCAUAUACUACCCCUAACAAAUUCCUCUGCUUUGGAUGAGUCUAGAGUGAAAACAGAGGAAUAUUGCCAAAUGAGUGUUGAAGAUUACCCCAACAAACACCACUUUCUUUCUCACAGUUGUAGUGGUGAUGAAACUGAUCAAAGUGCUUCCAAGUUAAUGCAAAGGAGGAGUUAUAGCUGUAACAAUUUUCAUGACAAACCUGAUUUUCCCUUUGAAGCUAAUUACCAUAACACCCUCAUGGAUUCCCCAGAUUUUCAAUGGCAUGAAUUCAACUCCCCUGAAAAUAGUUUCUUCUCUGGACAAAUGAGAAGAGCAUGUAGUGCAGGAGAUUUGCAGAAUAUGAAAACAAUAGUAACACAUGAGUCUCAAACGGAGGAAGCAAAUUUCAAAGUAGGGCGUUAUAGUGCGGAAGAAAGAAAAGAAAAAAUCUCAAAAUACAGAGCAAAGAGAAGCCAGAGGAAGUUCAACAAGAUUAUUAAGUAUGCAUGCCGAAAAACACUAGCCGACAAUCGAACACGCAUACGUGGCAGAUUCGCACGUAACGACGAAACCAACGACAUUCCAAAACCUCAAUCUUCAAAAAUAGAUGAAUACCAACAAGAGUUCUGGGUUGAUCUCAUUGAAGGGUUAAAUGACGAGUAUCUCCUUUGAAUUUAACAAAAUGACGAUUUGAAUUUCUCAAUGCAGUGACUUAGUUUGGAGUUUUGAUCUGAUCUGAAAUGAAAAGAUAAGGCAAAAGAAAAAACAAAAGGCGUUUCGAUUUGAACAUUUUUCAAUUCAGUGAUGAAUAAAGUCAUCAUCAUCGUGUAUUAUUAAUUUGUAGGUCAAACAUAAGUUGGUGGUUGGAAUCUGCCUCUAUUAGAUUUUGCUUACUUGUGUUUCAUUUCGAUUUCUCUUUUCUAUCUAUCACUAGUUUUUUAUGUAUUAGUGUAUAUAGCCAUGUAACAUGUUCCAUAUAAUCAUGUAAUUUUUUUCUGCUUAAAUAAUCUUUUAAAGAAUGAAGUGUAAUAAAGUGGAUCAUUGGAGACUUUUCA